GUCUAGUAUAGUUUGACCGGUCAAGUAAUUUACACCAUCAUUUUUGGCGCCGACCGUGGGACCGUUAAGGUUUCUUCUCCUAAACACAAACCUACCCACCAAAACACCACUCGAAAUGUCUUCCAGCCAACAAAUCAACGCUACUUCCGCUCAGGUGCAGGCCACCAACGAGGGAGCCAGCGUCCCUGUGGCUGCUACCAUACCGGUAAUUUCAGCCCCGGUGUUGCCUCUGGGUCUGAGCUCUGUCCCGACGGCCAGCGUGAUUAGUCCCUUCGUGACCCCCGUCCCUUCCGCUGGACCGAGGGUAACGUUCCCACCAAGCAUGGCUCAGUUCAUGAAUGACCCAGCAAACCUACAAGCCAUCCAGGGCUUUGGCCAGGUCAUGGCCAUGUGCCACCAGAACGGGGGGAUGCCUUUCCUCCCAGGUAUGUUCCCAUUUGCCCUUCCAGGCGCGGGGACCAUGCCUCUACAAGCUCCGAUGGCGGUGACGUCGUUCCAGACGCCGAUGCCGCAACCAUCACCUUUCCAGCCCCAGUUGGUCAGCACCAUGGCCCCGGUCAACUUGGCCGGUGCACUUAACGCUGCAGGGCCGUCGCGUCCCCCGCAAGCUACGGAUUCACAGGUCACCCCUGAUGGUCAUUGCGUGUCGAUUGAGAGCGAUGACGACGAGUGGGACAUCCCGAGGGCCCACAAGAAGAAGAAAGGAAAAAACAUCCGGCCAGCGACCUCCCGAAACUCCGCCUUCGAAAGGCUGGGGGAUAGGGAGGAAGGCCAGAGGAAGUCAGCCAAGCAGAGGCUGGGGCAGAGUGUUGCCCAUGUCAACGCGUUCGCCCGGCUAGGCGAGGUGCGAGAGGCCGAGCCUGCCCGCACCCGGCGCUCCCGGUCUAACCGGCAGGAGCCAGCGAGGAUGAGGGCCUCCCACCAGGAAGGGGAGGCAGAAAGCCAGCCCAGGUUACCGGUGGCGAACCGGUUAACCAUCCCAAACAACCGCGUCCAGCAGAUGGAGGCAAAGCUGGAAAGACUGGAAAAGAAGGUCGGGGAGAAGAAUGACCGGGACAAACCCCUGGCAGGGUCCCCGUUCACCACAAGGGUCCAUCUGACACCUUUCCCGCGAAAGGUCAAGAUCGACGCCCCCAGAUUCACCGGGAAGGAAGAUCCGGAAAUCCACCUGGACUCCUUCAACCAGAGUGCGACCAUGAACGGUU